AUGUGCCUGGUGACGCUGGGCUGUCUGUUGGACACCAGGCACAUGCGGGUGCUCACCAGCUCGGGGCCGGCGCUGGUGCCCGCCGCCCCCCAGAACAGCAGUGGUGGGGUCUCUGUGGCCAGCCUGCAGUGGCUCUCCGAGCGGGCCCCCUCCCUCGUGACUGUGUGGACCCUCGUGGCUCUGUGGUCUGUCCUGGGUGAGCGCGUGUGUUGGGCUGGGUCCGCUCCUGCCCGUGGGGCGGGCCUCCCAGAGUGUGUGGAGGUCCUCCCUGUGGUCCUGGGCUUCCUGUGCCGUGUGGGGAUCGCGGGCCAGCACUGCUUUCGGGAACAGCAGGUGGGCCCCCAAGGCCACUUGGCGCCCCCGCCUGGAGCUGUGGGGCUGGGGCUGAGCCGGCGGGAUGUGGGGAGGUGCAGCGUGGCCAGAGCCCUGGGGGCACACGCGGCGCUCCCCAAGCCCAGACAUGACGGCACGGCCCCCGAUGGAGCGGGAGGGGCCCAGGCGCGGGAGGCACCGACCGUCGGCUGGCAGCUCAACGGGACUCUUGGCCAGCGUGAUGGCACCCGGACGGCGGAGCUGGGUGCGGGCCCCAGGAACAGGGACACGGCUUGCUGUGUGUGGCGGGAGCCGGGGCGGGGCCCCAGGGCAGAGUUGUUUGCGGAGAGCUCGCGGACCCACAGCUGCGGACACCCUGGGUGUCCUGCCUCCUGGCCCAGUGACCAUCACCAGGUGCAGUUUGCUGCCUUCCUAAGCCCCCAAUUGACCUCGGCCCAGCCAGGGCCAGCCCGGGAUGGCCUGAGCCACUGGCACCCUCGCUGCCUGGCCCUGAGCAGUGCCCAGCCCAGCUCCGGGUCAGGGGGCACCGAACGCUCUGAAGGGCCCAGGGACUGGGAGGCCAAGGAGCAGCCACUGGACGGCCUGGGUGGACGGCGGGUGCCAGGGCUGGGGCCUGCCUCCUGCGCUGACAUGUGUGAGCGCCCCACGCCGCACGGGCCCCUGCCCGCUGCUGUGUUGCGGCCUCUCGGAGAGUCACUUGGGAUGCCGCAGGCACAGUGUGUCCCGGCCUAA